AUGCCUCUCAUCCCCUCUUCCCCGCGAGACCGCAUCAUCCUAGGUCUCAUGACCUUCGGCCCGGACGCCCAGGCCGGCGCCCGCAUCACCGACGUCGGCGAGUUCCGCCGCGUGCUCGACCGCUUCCAGGAGCGCGGGUAUAACGAGGUCGACACCGCGAGGGUGUACACGGCGCGCAAGCAGGAGGCGUUCACUCGUGAAGCGGGCUGGAAGGAGCGCGGUUUGACGCUCGCCACGAAAUUCCAGUACCCUGGUAACGAUGGCGACCACGCGCCGGAGAAAAUCGUGCAGAGUCUAGAGACUAGUUUGAGCGAGUUGGGGACUGAUUGUGUUGAUAUCUGCUAUCUCCAUGCCGCGGAUAGGGCGACGCCUUUUGCUGAGACCCUCGAGGCCGUGGAUAAGCUGCACAAGGCUGGCAAGUUUGUCCGCCUUGGUCUGUCUAACUUCACGGCCGCCGAGGUUGCUGAGGUCGUCAUGAUUUGCAAGUAUAACGGGUGGGUGCGGCCUACGAUCUACCAGGCUAUGUAUAAUGCCAUUACACGCGGCAUCGAGCCUGAGUUGGUCCCCGCUUGUCGCCGAUAUGGCCUUGACAUCGUCGUCUAUAACCCCAUCGCGGGUGGUCUGUUCAGCGGUAAAAUCAAGAGCAAAGAUAUGGACGUACAAGAGGGACGUUUCAGCUCCAACAACCCGACAGGCGCCAAUUACCGCCAGCGCUACUUCAAGGACAGCACGUUCCGCGCGUUGCAGACCAUCGAGAAAGCCGUGGAGAAGCACCCCGGUCUAACUAUGAUUGAGACAGCACUACGCUGGGCCGUACAUCACAGUGCGCUGCGCAUCAAGAACGGCGGGGGCGAUGGUAUUUUGAUUGGUAUAUCGUCGUACGACCAGCUCGAUGGGAAUCUGGAUGCCCUGGAGAAGGGGCCGCUGCCAGAAGAUGUCGUGCAGGCUCUUGACGAGGCUUGGAUGAUUUCCAAAGCGGAUGCGCCGAAUUACUGGCAUAAGGACUACGUCUAUAAAUAUGAUACACAGAAGGCGCUAAUAAGGUCACCUCACCCACACCAAUCAGCUGGUACCUCUGAUGGUGUGCGCGGAAUUGAAGCCGAUGGGGGGGUGUUGGGGUUACCUUGUGUACACUACCAAGCAGACGGCAGGCCUUCCCUUGCCCUUCCUACCGACGGUCAGUCGGAAAUGCCCCUGCUGGAGAAGGAUGAUGGUCGAGACCGUGGCCGUUCCCGGCAUCACGAUGACCUGGAGUCCCGGGCCACGUCAGGUCUUCAUCCCGUCGCCUCGACAUCCUCUACUACGGGCCGGCCGGCACUGACUCCCCGUGCCUCGGACGUGCGGUCACACUCUCCCGAAACUCCGGCUCAUGCUACAGCUCGCAAGAAAUACCUGCUUGCCGCCAUGUUUCUGGUGGUGUGUCUCGUGUCCUUUGUCGUCCAGGCCGAGCUCGGUCGUUAUGUCCAGCACGAACUGGGUUGGAACAAGGCCUACUGCAUGCUGUACCUCACACACGGCUCGUGGGUGCUUCUUUGGCCCGCUCAAUUGCUCAUCCUACGGUUGGGAGAUCGCCAUAUAUCCUGGUCGACGUUCUGGCGCCGGCACAAGGAUCUCCUUCGCUCUACCGCGCACAUGGUCGCCGAACAGAGGCUCGACAUCCCUCGGCGCCACCUCCAACCCACCCCUUACAUGUACAUGGUACGCGCUACCGCCGGUAUCGCGAGCUGUCUCACCCUUGGGGGCCUAACAUGGUACGUCGCCGUCAACAUGACCAGUCCAGGCAACCUCACUGCGAUAUACAACUGCUCCACUUUCUUCGCCUAUGCUUUCAGUGUCCCGCUGCUUAAAGAGAAACUCCGGCUGGAUAAGUCGCUUGCUGUCCUUGUUGCCAUUGUCGGCGUUCUCGUUGUUGCGUACGGUGAUUCUCGUGACCCAGGCCACGCUUCCGAUGCAGGCACCAGGUUACUUGGCAAUCUCAUCAUCGGUGUCGGUAGCGUCCUUUACGGUCUUUACGAGGUUUUGUAUAAGCGGUAUGCCUGCCCGCCAGAUGGUGCCGAAGCCUCACGCGGCGUCAUCUUCGCGAACACAUUCGGCUCCUGCAUUGGCCUGUUCACUGUGCUCGUACUCUGGAUCCCGUUACCGAUCCUACACAUCCUCGGCUGGGAAAUCUUCGAACUGCCGUCUGCUAGCACGGCCUUCUACCUCUGGAUCAGUGUCAUUAUGAACGCUACUUUUGCAGGCAGCUUCCUCGUGCUUAUCUCGCUCACGAGCCCCGUGCUUAGUUCCGUCGCUGCGCUGCUCACCAUCUUCAUCGUCGCCAUCGCUGACUGGUUGGUUACGGGCGAGGCAUUAUCUUUUGCUACCCUGGCUGGCGGCGCCAUGAUUGUAAUCGCGUUCUUGGUUCUCAGCUGGAGUACUUGGCGCGAGAUGACGGAAGAAGCGGCCACGAGCAAGACGGCGUAUGUCGAGGCGCCUAAUGACUGGGAUAGCGAUGACGAUGCGUCCGACUAA